AUGCCUUUCUACCAGAUCCACCACUCGUGCUCCCUCAAUCAGAACCAACGACAGCUCCUCGCUACUGCCAUUACCCAACUACACUGCCGAGCAUUCAAGACACCCUCAUUCUUCGUCCACGUGCGCUUUUACCCUGAAGAAAACAAAGACAACAACUACUUUGUAGCUGGAUGGCCACAUCCUGCUACCUCUAACCGCAUCGUCGGUCUCGUUCGCGACUCUGCGUCAAGGUCCAAGGCAGACUUUGACAAGUUGGCAACCGACAUUGAAGAAUACUGGUACAGCGUACUGGGAGUUCAGCCACCAGCCAAAAAGUCGAGGUGGAAUGUUGGAGAUGAAGAGAAGAGGCUGAUCAUGGUGACGUUCACACCAAUGUUGGCACUUCGAGAAGGAGGCAUGACUAUUCCAGAAGCUGGCAAGGAAGAGGACUGGCUCCAAGAACAAUUGCCCUACAUUGAUAGCAUGAGAGUCAAAGGGAUUGAGGGUUUUGCUGGGUUGUAUAAUGACGCUAAAAAUAGUGAGAAAUGA